CAGGAUGGGAAGGAGAAUAUUGCAGUUUACGAUGUAGCGAGCCGCAGCCAUUAGCUCGUUCUCACAUGAAACAGGCCCCGUGUAAAGCGCUGCGGGAGACAGAUGUGACAGCCGCUGCUUGUCAGGAUUAUUAGAGAGGUGGGAGUCCAGCUCGCAGGCCCUGUUCGUUUCCUUUAAGGGUCACUGAGCCAACGCGACAAGCUGGAGUCAUGGACCCCGACACAGCUUCAGACAUUAAAACAGAAUCUUCAGAGGAGAGUUCUGGAGAAAUCUCUGUGAACGAAAUCUCAGAAUCAGACUGCAGUGACACAGAGGAUUCGACGCCGCCAGCUAGCAGCACUAAAGACAAGUGUUACCCUUGCCCCACCUGUGGGAAGGUAUUCGACAGACCAUCAAAGCUAGAAAGGCACAAACCUGUGCACACAAGGAAGCCUAAGACUCUUCAUCAGUGUCAGCACUGUGACAAGAGUUUCACUCAAGAAGAGAAGCUGACCCGACACCAGAAUUGCCACAAUAGGACUAACAAGCAUCCCUGCCCCGACUGUGGAAAGAUCUUCAACAGGCCCUCAAAGCUAGAGAGGCACAAGCGCACGCACUCGAAGAAACCGAAAGAGCCUCAUCAGUGUUCAUACUGCAAGAAGACGUUCAGUAAACUGAACAAGCUGAUCCGUCACAAGCGGAUGCACACGGGGGAGAGGCCUUUCACCUGCUCCAUCUGUGGGAAAGGGUUCUCCGAGUCAGGUCACUGCAAAGCACAUGAAAAGACACACGAGGAGCAACCGGAGAAGCCCCACUGCUGCCCGGACUGCGGAAUGCGCUUCUUCAAGGCCUCGGAGGUCCGUCGGCACGCCCGCUCCCACUCCGGGGAGAAACCCUUCAGAUGCAGUUUGUGUGAGAGUUGCUUCUCCCGCUCAGAAGGGCUCAAAAGACACAUGAGGAAGCACACAGGGGAACGGCCGUACAAGUGUUUUAUCUGCGUGAAGGGAUUUUACUCUCGUCAGGAUUUGAAUAUUCAUAAAUUGACCCACUCGGGGGAGAAACCGCAUCUUUGCCCGGUGUGUGGGAAAGGCUUCUCACAGCUGGGCAACAUGAAAGAGCACGAACAAAACGUUCACAUUAAAUCAGAGAAGUAUAUUUGCAAUGAAUGUGGGGCGACCUUCACCCGGUACAAGUCUCUGACAAAACAUCAGCGGACGCACACGGGAGAAAGACCCUAUCUGUGCCUCACCUGUGGUCGCAAGUUCUCAUGGAGCCAUUCUCUGAGAAGACACCAGAGGACACACACGCAUGGACAGACGUCUACGGAGAUGUCCAAAGACACAUUAAGUUUGGAAGGAGCCUCUGAGAUUCCCAGUAGUUGAAAAGGAAUUUUACUGGAGAGAACAUUGUGUUAGCAGUUUGCCAAUUUGUGGUGAAUUGAGAACAAAUUUGAAAUGUUUGUAAUGAUUCACUUUGCUGCUCACAGAAAUCUUUAGCAUGGUGUUUCCGAUUCGCUUCUCCCGGUAUUCUUUAUGAUACAAUCCUGAAGGUCCAUUUCUGCCAUUCAAUUUUUAUUGAUCUGUGUUGGCAAUAGAAAUGAAUGUUUGCCGAGAAUAAAGGUUCCCCAACCCUGGACGAACACCGAUCAGGUGUUUGUUCUGUCCAGCACAGUUUCUGGGUAGCUCUGUUUACCUCUUCCUCUCAUGACAAAUGUUUAUUUGUCUUAAAAUAGCAUAGAAUAGAUCUCAUACACUAUCAUAUUUCAAUCUUUUUUUUGACUAAUGUAUGAAAUUAUUAUUAUUAUUAUUUGGAUUCAGCUUGUGCCAAAUGGUUAAUGCUGUACUGCCAGAGCAGAAAGGUGUUGGUACACUGUAUUUAACUUUAUUUGACUCUACACUUGGGAAACACCUACCAAUGAGAUGGCAGAUAGAACCCUGGCCUGAAGUGCAUCAGCUUCACUGAGACAGUGAACAACGGUUCUCACUGUUCAGUGCAGCAGAUGUUUUCCUCUGGUACGAGUUGUGUAUAAUUAAAAUGAAUAUCGAACUUUGUCUUUCUCAUUUCAAUUAGAUUUUUCAUAAAGCGUAUUGCAUAUAUCAUCGGCUGUACUUUGUAAUUGUUAAAUGAUCUGUAUUUGUUUAGUCUCGAUGACCCAUUGAAGUUCUUUACACUACAGUUUUUGCCAGUCACCAUUGUAAUAGCAUUAACCAUGGGCCUUGUUUGUAUUAGAUACAUAUUCAAGUAAUGUGCUCAAAUUAGAUUUUAAUUGUGAAAUUAACUUUGACCCACAAAAAUCUACCUGGACCAUUAUUUCUUAUAGAAAGCAUAGCCACCAAUAAAAUCGUUUCAUACCAUA